CAGCUUAACGUUCAGUUCACUUUUCGAAUCGAUCGCAUUAAGAACAGUUUUAGAAAAAUGCUGUGGCUCAAAGCCAUUUACGUUCUCUUACUUAGUAUUGCCGUCAUGCAGUCGGCGGCAACGAUAUGUAGCCGUUAUCCCGCGAAUACGCUUCAUCCGAAAUCGCCGGUAGAUGAGAAUUAUUUGGUCACAAUUAGUAACAAUCCGCAAACUUAUAUUUUAGGACAAGAAUAUAACGUCACAAUUCAAGCCUACAACGGUUUACGUUUCAUUAGCUUUAAGCUCGCACUAGAAACUGAAGAUGGCGUACAAAAUUUUACACGAGAUCUUGGACAUUUCGAGCUGAUCGAUCCGGUGGAGUCGCGCUACAGUCCGGAUUGUAUAAAUAUGGUGGAGAGUACAAAUACGAAUCCGAAGACGCGCGUCGAUGUCACAUGGGUGGCACCAGAAAAGCCGGGCACCGGUUGUGUACUCAUACGCACCACACUGUUACAGCAUCGUGAUGUUUGGUACAUGGAUGAUGGUGGCCUAACGCGUGCCAUUUGUGAAGAAAGUGUAGACGAAGUGGAGAGUGCACCGCUCAGUGAGGAUCAAAAUAAAUGUUGCGCUUGCGAUGAGGCGCGAUAUGAACUCACCUUCAAGGGAACUUGGUCGCGCAAUCAUCAUCCUAAAGAUUUUCCAACACAAGGCUGGAUAACACGUUUCAGUGAUAUAAUUGGUGCCUCGCAUACGGAAGAUUACCGAUUUUGGGAGUAUGGGCAAAUGGCCAGCCAAGGCAUGAGAGAGUAUGCGGAGCAUGGUGCGGCGCAAACGCUGGAGCGCCAGUUCAAUUCUAACUUUAAGAAAGGUAAAAUACGCACCAUUAUUAAGGCGCGUGGUCCGGCAUUUCCCAACUUGAUGGGUCAAUCCGUGGCUUCUAUACGUGUAGAUCCACAACAUCAUUUGCUUUCAUUAGCUUCGAAAAUAGAUCCAUCACCCGAUUGGAUUGUGGGUGUCUCAGGCUUAGAACUCUGCAUGAGCAACUGUACGUGGUUAGAGCAGAAAACUGUUACAUUAUAUCCGUGGGAUGUCGGCACCGAUGCCGGCCCGUCUUAUACAUCACCAGAUCAGCAACAGAUUCCUGCCGAUGUUAUACGACGUAUGCGUCCCGAUUUUCCAAAUGAUCCGCGUUCACCAUUUUACGGCGCGCCAAUGAAACCUUUAGCAGUGUUACAGAUUAAACGUCAAAGACUCUACGAACGUUUGUGUGAGGAUGAAGAAUCGAACAAUUUUGAGGUGGCACGUGAAUGCUUCACACAUCCUUGGACGGCGUGGAACGAAUGCUCAACCAAAUGUGGGGAGGGUCGGCAAUAUCGCACACGCGUUUACAAACAGCCCUAUUUGGCCAAGAUCUACAAGUGCGAAGUUGAAUUGCGGCAAGAUCGCGAUUGUACGGGUGAAGAAUGUGGACGUGACGAGCAGCGGCUUAAUCGUAUGCGCGACCGAGAUGGGUACGGCGAGUAUGACUUUGAUGAGAUAGAGAAGGAUGAGGACUCAGAAGGCGGCAUUUCGCGUGCCGAUUGUCAAUUGACCAGUUGGGGCACUUGGUCCACUUGCAGUCGUACAUGUGGUGAGGGCAGAAUAAUGCGACGACGCCAAUAUGUGAAUCCGGAGUUGGAAGAAGCAUGUCAGAAUAUGCAAUUUAUACGAUUAGUAGAUUAUCAGAAAUGUAUAAGACGCGAAUGUGUGGAAAGAGCGCGUGGUGGCAGCAAGAACAAGGUUUCAGGUGAAGAUGGAAAAGAAACGGAAGACGAAGAGGAGGAAGAAGAGGGCGAAGGAGGCGAAGAAAAUGAUAAAGAAGAACAGGAGGAAAAUGAAGAAGGAAAUACUGAAGCUGAGGAUGACAAGGACGCUGAGAAAACAGCUGAAAAUGAAAAUGAAGAACAAGAAAAGCAAGAACGUCCUGGAUUUAGUAGCAGGCAACAAGGACGUGGUCGUAAUCGUUAUGGUUACAGGAGGCCCAACAAUGCAGAUGAACAAGAACGUGAAAGGAAUGACGAAAUUGAGGAGGAGGAGGAGAAGGAAGAGGAAGAAGAGCAGGAAGAGGAAGAAGAGCAGGAAGAGGACGAAGCAGAAGACGAAAAAGAUGAUGCAGAUGAAGAAGAUGAGGAAGGCAAUAAUGAAAGGAAUACUUUCGGCAAUCGUUAUGGUUACAAUAACCGUUAUAACAUGCCAGCACGUCGUAAAGGUACUUCAAAUGAAUUCCGUGAAGAUGAUGAAGCCGGUACGAAUGAAGAUGAAGAUGCUGGCAACCGUACACCAGGUCGAUUUGGUUACAACAAUCGCUACAGUGGCGCUGGUAGACGACGAAAUGACGAAAGGGAUGAGGAAGAGGAAGAUGAUAACGGCAGAUCGAGAGGGCGUGGUAGAGCACGCCGUCCAUCUGCGCGCAGAAAUCCGGGUGAUAAUGAUGAUGAUGAAGAACCUGACAAUGUGGUCGCCGAAAUACCAUAUUAUUGCUUUCAACCAAUCAAAGUUUACAACUGCCCCAAAAAGAUAGCGUUGAAGAACUACUGGUUCUAUAAUUAUUGUGAAGACUUAUGCAUGCUCUUUACAGCGGAUACGUGUGAUAAGAAUCAAAAUAAAUUCACCUCCUUGGAGACAUGCGAGGAGACGUGUCGACCGCCGGGAAAUGAACUCUUAUUGCGACGCAAACAAAAACAAAAGUGUUUCAGACCAAAUGCAUUGCGACAGGACCAACGAAGAAAACCAUCUACAUACAUAGGUUUUAGUUAAGACACUAUUGUUUCGUUUGUUUUAGUUGUAAGAAUUGUUGAUUUUUGACGUAGUAGCUGAUUUUCGAAUGCGAUAUUUUCGAAAUUCAUGCAAUAAAGUUUCACACCAUGAGUAUCCAA